CAGUGGAAAAUGAAAUAAAAAAAAAUGAAAUAAUAUGAACAAGGAUAUGAUUGGAGGAGAUAAUGAUCAAAUUAGGACAAGUGUUCACUGUUUUUUAUUAUCAUUGUAUAGUCAUAUUUUUACACACGACCCAGCACCUGUAUAUCCAUACAACAUUUACGUAUAUAAUUAUAACACCUACUGCUACAUAUUUGGUGACCUUUCGUUUGACUAUGGGUGACGAGUAUAGCGAAAGUUUUCUAAUUCCGGAAACACAGCUUGGUAGUGAUGACCUGUCGGAUUCGAUGCCCGUAGGUCACAGUCAAGCAGUACAAUCGUCUCUAGAUCACGAAAUGGAAUCAUCGAUAGACGCAGAGACGAUGUCUUUACGAGAGUCACAGAUUAUUGACACAUUACCGGUAGCUGAAUCACAAGGGUUUCACUACCGGACAGCGUUAGUGAAUCAAUAGAUAGCACCAGUCUUGUUCGUCUACAGGAUGCACAAAAUGAAACAACAAGCAUGGCAUUAAAUUUAUUGUUUGAUGAUGACGAUGAAGAUAUAUAUAUAUAUAUAUAUAUAUGCAAAUAUAUUCUUUUUAAUACAUACCUACACAGCCUUCCAGAGGAUUUCCAUUUGAACAAAAAGAACAGCUGUAUUUGAAUUCAGUCGACAUGCGUUUGAGCUCAUCGACAUCUCUGAAGCAUUUCCCUCCAUCAAUUGCCAAGUCUGGUGUUUCAGUAAUUGCAUCGAUUACUUUCCUGAUUAUUCGAAAAAAAGGUAGAACGAGCUAUACCGUGCAUAAUAUAAAGGCCCAAAUAACUACCCCCAGCAAGACAUCUCAAUGUUAAUUUAACCAUAAGAGGUAUUGAGACCUUCUGUCUAUGUUUAACUUGAUUACGAUGGGCUGUCUUUAAUUUCUCCGCCAGAGUAGGACUGAGUAUGUCGACGAGCUUAUUGAAUGUGCCCUUGGAUAAUCGAUAAUAUCUCUUGAAUUUCUGGUCAGAUAGAGUUUCUUGUUCAUUCAGAACAUCGUGACGGGUCUUGAAUCUACGCCGCUUUCGCGUCGUAUAUAACGCAGCUCUCUGUUGUGCUACUAUCGCUGUCUUGCGUGCUCUCUUAAACUGGAAUAGAGUCAUCGCUGUAUGAAAACGACGACGAUCAUCUAUAUUCUGCUGGUUUAUAGAAUAACUAGUGUACUCCUCUCGCAAUCGCUAUCCAUACUAUCACUAUAGUCGACAUUAUCGAUGAAGAUAUCGAAAUCGUCGUUGAUCUCUAAAAUGCUUUUAAUAUCUUUCUCAUCAUCUUCCUCUAAAUCACUAUAACUAGAGCUAUUUGAGAAGCAAUAUAGCUUUCCAACAUCUACCAUGAUCGCUAUAUUGUAACUAGUGU